CACAAUGGGUCUGAAUGCAAUAAAUGACAACAACGGAGCUGGCGCGGAUAAGACUCUACUGCAAUCAUUUCAAUUUGUUCAAGAGACUAUUACCGAAAUGGGUACCUUAUCUUGGCUUAACAUGAGGGCACUGGUUUGGAUGCUAGGCGACUAUGAACAAUACAAGAAAUCCAAGGCUAAUAUCCGUAAAUUCAUAAACAACUUAAUUACAGAGCGUACGAUUGCUAAACCAGAUGGUUCAAAGUUGGAUGAAAACAUUUUUAUUAAUCGCGCAAUUGAGUUAUUCCAGCAGGGAAGUUUCACACGCCAAAAUAUCGAAGAUGAAUCAGUAGUCUUAGUGUUUGGGGCUUUCGAGACAACGGCAACCACCUUAAAUCAUGUACUAAUAUUACUGGCAAUGUUUCCUGAGUACCAAGAGAGAGUAUUUGAAGAAGUUAUUUCGUUCUUUCCCGACAAAGAAACUUUCGAAAUGAAUUAUUCAGACAUCAAUCAACUGACAUACGUGAGUAUGGUAGUUGAUGAAACAAUGCGUGUAAUGGCUACUGUCCCGUUGGUGGGACGCCAUGUGCGAGCAGAUACAAAACUAAGCAACGGAAUUAUCUUACCGGAAGGCCUUCAAAUUCUUAUUGAUAUUUUUAACAUGCAACGCAGGAAAGAUAUUUGGGGUGCGGAUGCACAUAUUUUUAACCCAGAAAAUUUUCUACCAUCAAAUCUAGAGGGAAAACACCCGUACUGCUAUAUACCUUUUACGAAGGGUGUACGAAAUUGUAUAGGUUCCAAAUAUGCACUGUUAUCGCUUAAAGUGGCUAUUGCGAAACUUAUAAAAAAAUUUCGAUUUACCACUGAGUUUGACUAUAAGGACCUACAAUUUGUGGAAAAUAUAACAAUUAAACUAAAACAGAUGCCACUUCUUAAAAUACAGAAGCGAUCAACGUAAUCCCCACGGACCGAUCUCUCUAAGUGUGCACAUAUAUACAUAUCGCACACCAUCUUCAAAAGAGGCACAACUCAAAAAUCAGAU